UCUCUCUCUCUCUCCCCCUCACACGCGCGCACCCGUCGUCUCCGCGGCAGCAGCGAGCAGAGGAAGCCGGUGCGCGCGAGCCUCCGCCACGACCAGAGCGCGCGGCUCACCAUGAGCCGGUCACCGGGAGUCAGCCGCAGCAGCACCGGGGCGGAGGAGGAGAGAGAGAGCGGCUGUGGUUGUCACUAAAUGUCUCUCGCCCUCUGUGUGCGUCAUGCUGUACUUCCAGCUGGUGAUCAUGGCCGGGACCGUCAUGCUGGCCUACUACUUCGAGUGCACCGACACCUUCAGCGUGCACGUGCAGGGCUUCUUCUGCUACGACACGGCGUUCACCAAGCCGUACCUGGGCCCGGAGGACCGCAGCGCCGUGCCGCCCGUGCUGCUGUACGCCCUGGUGGCCGGGCUGCCCACGCUGCUGAUCACAGUGACGGAGACGGUGCUGUUCCUGGUCCAGUACACGUCCAAAGAGUUCGACCGCUUGGAGAAGACCGUCGCCACGGGCGACUGCUGCUACCUCAACCCGCUGGUGCGCAGGACCUUCCGCUUCCUCGGAGUCUUCACCUUCGGCCUCUUCACCGUGGACAUCUUCGUGAACGCGGGCCAGGUGGUGACGGGGAACCUGGCGCCCUACUUCCUGACGGUGUGUAAGCCCAACUACACGGCGCUGGGCUGCCAGCAUGCGCUGCGCUACAUCAGCCACCAGGAGGCGUGCACGGGGAACCCGGACGACAUCCUGCACGCCCGCAAGACCUUCCCCUCCAAGGAGGCGGCGCUCAGCCUCUACGCCGCCCUCUACCUGGCCAUGUACGUGACGUGCACGGUGCAGGCCAAAGGAAGCCGCCUGGCCAAGCCGGUGCUGUCCCUGGGGCUCGUAUGCCUGGCCUUCCUCACCGGGCUGAACCGCGUGGCCGAGUACCGGAACCACUGGGCCGACGUCAUCGCCGGCUUCAUCAUCGGCGCCGCCAUCGCCACCUUCCUGGUGUUGUGUGUGGUCCAUAACUUCAAAGGAAAGUUGCUGCUGAGCGACGACUCGCCAGAGGAGCCCAACGGCGCCAUGCUGACCCGCAUGGAGAGUCCUCUGGAGAAGUACAUCGCCUCGCAGAAUCACAUCGCCUUCGCUGAGGUCACAUGACGUGGAGUCGGCCGUGUGGCAGACCCACUGGACGUCCACGCUCUUCACCGUCCAGUCCAGCUAACCGGAGCACCCCCCCCCGUGUGUCUGUAGUUCUUCUGUCUCUUCAUCCGGGCCUCCGUUGUGCAGCUUCUCGUAUAUAUUUAAGGGAAACAGAAGAGACGAGCCGGUGACCCCGACGCGCUUCCUCCAUCUAUGCACUUCUUCUGGACUCCGGCCUCUCAAACGAAGCGCCGCCGCGGACUGGUUGGACAUUGUGGGACACCGGAGGAACCAGUGAAGAACUGGACUCUGCCCCGAGGUCAAAGGUCAUGGUGUGGUUAUUAGAAGAAGAAAAAACAGCCUCCGUUCCAUGAAGAUGGCCGUUCGUCGUUAAGUCUAAGACCCAACUGAGAAGGUGUUGUUCUGUCUUCACUUGACCUUCGUGACCUUCAGAGUCGGACAUUGACUGCUGGGCCCAUAUUCAUCAAACGGAUUAAUGUGAACUCAAAUGAAAGAUAAAACUAAACACUCACAUGCAUAAUCAUUAGAGCCAUCUAGUAAAUGUCAUUUCACUUAAAAUACCCUAAAAUAAAGAGAGCUCCUCCAGGCUGAAGCAACAGGUGUAACUCAGGACCAGGAGGUCGUCUAGACAACAUGGAGACAGUUACUGACAGUUUAUUGACAGUUUAUUGACCAUUUAUUGACAGUUUAUUGACCAUUUAUUGACAGUUUAUUGACAGUUUAUUGACAGUUACUGACAGUUUAUUGACAGUUUAUUGACAAUUUAUUGACAGUUUAUUGACAGUUUAUUGACCAUUUAUUGACCAUUUAUUGACAGUUUAUUGACCAUUUAUUGACAGUUUAUUGAUAGUUUAUUGACAGUUUAUUGACAGUUUAUUAAUAAUUAAUUUGGCAGUUUAUUGACAGUAUAUUGACAGUCUAUUGGCAGUUUAUUGACAGUAUAUUGGCAGUUUAUUGGCAGUUAAUUGACAGUUUAUUGGCAGUUUAUUGACAGUUUAUUAACAAUUUAUUGAAGCUUUUUGCUUUCAUAAAAUGACGAGGAUGACGAGCGAAAUGUUUAAAUAAAUCUUACACAUCUUAUAAAUAUAGACGUGGUAAAUCGAGCACGCAGGCAACUCGCGUUUCAAUGUUUACAAUAAACGGCCGACAAAUAUAUAACUUCAACAAACGUUAAAAUAACAUGACGGCGAGAUGAAAAGCAUUCGGGGGAGGAGCCUGAACCCAGCGUCUUUAUUCAACGAGUCAGAACAACACAGAAUAAAUGUUUAAAAAAGAAACUCA